AUGGACACUGACAAGUCGACUAUCAAUCCUCAGAGCGAGAUCCCGGAGAAGCUCGUCUUACCUUUAGACCCCGCGCUCUUCAGUCCGUCGCCCGAAGCCUUGCAAUUCCUCAAGAGUAGCGUCGCGGUAGAUGAAGAAGAGAUACGUCGUAGAGUUCAACAGGUUCAAGAAGAGGCUUACGCAAAGUAUCCUUAUCCAUGCCUUCGAGGCUUUCAUCAUGUCGCGCUCUUCAUGAGCUCCAACAACGUCUAUCUGCGCGUCCUCGAGCUCGGGAAGACCGAUCCCAGCGCUAUCAUGUUAGACAUCGGUUGCUGCAUGGGCACGGAUGUUCGCAAAGCCGCCUUUGACGGCUAUCCGGCUUCACAGAUAGUCGGAUGUGAUCUGCUUCCCGACUUCCUCGCUCUUGGCCACAAGUUGUACGGCGACGCGGACACCUGCCCGAUCCGUUUCAUUCAAGGCGACGUCUUCGCGCUCGAACCACCCUCUCCACUCCAACCCGCCAUCCCCGCCGCGUCGCUCAAAUCACAGAUCCACUCGUUGACAGACCUCUUGGGCCGCGCGGCGGUUGUAUAUACCGGUGCACUCUUUCACUUGUUCGACGAGUCGACGCAGUACGCGAUGGCUCUUCGCCUCACUUCGUUGCUGAGGCAGGACAAGCCGGCCAUCAUCUUUGGUCGACACCAAGGACUCCCGGAGGCCGGACUCAUUGACGAUCAUUAUGCGCGGGUACGGUACGGACAUUCACCCAAGUCCUGGCCAGAACUAUGGAAGGCAGUCUUUACUGCCGCGUAUGGGGAAACGUUUGCGCAGGAUAGAGUCUCAGUCACAGCUGAGCUCAGGCCGAGCAAGGGGCCAGCCGUUACUGCCGCUGGCAGAACGGAUUUCUACAUGCUUUACUGGAGCGUCGAGAUUUCGCCGUGA